AUGGCGCCAUCCAUCAUGAAGAACUAUCGCGUCUAUAUCCUGACCUCUGUGGCCUAUCUAGGCUCCCUGCUUUUUGGAUAUGACACAGGUGUCAUGGGAUCCGUCCUCGCCCUGGACAGCUUCAAGAAGGACUUCGGCCUCCCAAUUGGAAAAUCUGGUUUCGCGGACAGCAAAAAUGCCCAAGUCUCUAGCAAUGUAGUCAGUCUGCUGACUGCGGGCUGUUUUUUCGGCGCAAUCCUUGCAGCCGCACUCAACGACCGAUUAGGCCGCCGCUACGCACUCAUGAUCUUCGCCAUGAUUUUCCUUGUCGGAGCUGCUGUCCAGGUUGGCGCCCACCACCAGAUCGGCACCAUCUACGGAGGCCGUGUGAUUGCCGGCUUUGGGAUCGGCGGAAUGUCCAGUAUCACCCCGGUCUUCGUCAGCGAGAACGCUCCCCCCAAGUACCGUGGUCGUAUUGCUGGUAUGUUCCAGCUGUUCCUGGUCACCGGUAGCACGUUUGCCUACUGGCUCGACUAUGGUGUGUCGCUGCACAUUCCCGAAGGCACCAGCCAGUGGCGUAUUCCCGUAGCGAUUCAGCUGGUCCCUGGGGGCCUGAUGCUCAUUGGAUUGUUCUUCCUCAAAGAGUCGCCCCGUUGGCUCAUGACGAAAGGUCGUCGGGAAGAAGCUCUUCACGCGCUUGCUUACAUCCGCCACGAGACGGAGGCUAAUGCGGAAGUGCAGCACGAGAUUGCUGAGAUCCAGGCUGCCAUCGAGGAAGAGAAUAUGCUGACCGAGGGCCUUACUUGGAAAGAGUGCCUGGAGAAGAGCAAUCGCUACCGGUUCUUCCUGGCAUUUGUGAUCAUGUUCUGGCAGCAAUUCUCUGGCACCAACAGCAUUGGGUAUUAG